GCUUGGUCUCUUGGACUGAGGAUAAAGAUGAUAGAAUGACUUUGAAAGCCCUCGCGGUCAUAUAGAGAAAGUCAAUAUCAGCUACCUCCGUCACUGAAGAUGAAAAAGAGGAAGAAAGCGGUUGGCAUAGAUAUACUGCAAGCGUGUCGUUGCGGAGUUCCAUGCACUUCCUACAUGAAUUCGGGCGGCAGGUGCGGGCCCGCAGGCGGCCAGGGAGUUUCCAUUUUUUUUUCUUCUGUGCCGCGGACAGAGAACUGACUUCAACCCCCAAUUUUUGUCUACUUCUUGGGAAUAUUUUUCCAGCGAUUCUACUUUUCUCCCCAUCGGCAGCAAGAUACAAUCCCCAGUCUAUCAGAGAAUAUACUUGUGAUCGUCAUGUCGCGCCCUGAAGACAUCCUACCCCCGGAUCUAUAUUAUGGGGAUCGCGAAGCCGGUCGUUAUAAUACCUCAAGCCGCGUCAAAAAGGUGCAAGCAGAGAUGAGCCAUAGAGCACUUGAGCUGCUCGAUUUACGGACCCCGUCCCUUAUCUUAGACGCUGGCUGUGGGUCUGGUCUAUCAAGUCAAAUCGUCUCGCAGGCCGGUCAUCAAGUCAUCGGCCUUGACGUCUCGGCAUCCAUGCUACAGCUUAGUCUAGAGAAAGACGAUGAGGCCGUAGACCUUUUUCUAUCAGACCUCGGACAAGGCGUUCCAUUGCGCGCCGGAUCACUAGAUGCAGCGAUCAGCAUCAGUGCAAUCCAGUGGCUGUGCAAUGCAGAAUCGAGCGAUGUCAGCGCUGAGGGCCGCUUACGGAGAUUUUUCGAGGGCCUCUAUGCUAGUCUUCGACGCGGGGGCCGCGCAGUCUGUCAAUUCUACCCAAAGAAUGAUGCUCAGCGAAGCAUGAUCAGUGGAGCCGCGAUGAAGGCCGGUUUCGGAGCAGGUAUCCUAGAAGACGAUCCUGGAACGAAGAACAGCAAGUUGUACCUCGUUCUCACUGUUGGUGGCGGCGGGCUGCAGGGUGACAUUACCGGGAUUGUGAAUGGCAUGAGCGAUGUCGACGUCCUUGAUGCCAGAAGAAGCGCCACGGAAAAGGGGCGAGCACUGCCCUCUCGGAAAGGCGACAAGGCUUGGAUUAUGCGUAAGAAAGAACAAAUGACCCGGAAGGGCAAGGUGGUCAAAGCAAAUUCGAAAUACACCGGCAGAAAACGGCGCCCUGCAUUUUGAUCUCAUUUUCCGUGGCCUUCCUGAGGUUUCCGCGAAGGACAUCAAAUCUUUUAUUGUUACAAACAGAUUUUUUCUGCAAAUUGUGGCAUCAAGAACGGCAUAACCAACCACAUCGGCUAGUUGCACCGAGUCUGUCAAAGUAGCAGCUCAUAUCAAAGCCGUCUCGACGCACGGAAACGGUGCGUAACAACAUCUGC